GAUAUAAACUGCGAAUAUUAUUUGCGAAAUCACUUUACUGAGGAUAUUCUCAGACGACCAAUGUCAUAAACUAUGAUUUGAACUUUGAGUUGUUGCGUUCUUUUAUCAGAGAGGUAACCAGGAGCCAGCGCCUUGUAAGAGCUCCAUGCGCUCCUCCUGCGUUGAUGAAGGACUGAAUGAGUGAAUAAUUGUCUCUGUUGUGUGUCUUCAGGUGCUUGCACCAUGUUCCCAAAUGUCUCCUCCCUUGCUGUUGCCAAAAUGUUCAUAGAGUUACUACACUGUAUCAAUGCUCCACAGACAAAUCUUAUCUGAAAAGCAUUUAACUCUGCUGAAUCAAUUUCAUCUUGUAUGUAUGACCAAACUAUGCAUUUAUUACGAAAUCAAAGAAACACAUUUUAUAAAUAUACCUCGGUUUUUUAUGAUAUCUGACGAGACUUCCUAAAUUGUAGACGAAAUCCACUUUACUUUUUACCGACUUUACCGACUUUACCGACCUCCUUUGCUAAUGAUGUAAUCUCUUUUUAAUUAAGUCUAAACUUGAUUGUUGUAUUCACAUUUGCAAUGCCGUCCUGGUACCAACAGUAACACUAAUAAGUAAUGGGGUGUUUAUUGAAUCCUUCUUAAAAAUCCAGUCACACUUUAAAAUACCCACAUCAAAAGGAGUUGUGCUAUCUCAUUUUACUCCACGUUCUCAUUUGUUACAGCAAUAUCUGGACAGCGCAAACCGAUGAGACCAUAUCUGACAACUACAUCUUGCUCGAUUUUGGGGGAAUUUUGUUUACGAAACCACGGGAAUUCUUAAUGAAUUGGACUGUGUUACACAAGAGGUUCCUGUGUAUAAUGAUGCCGUAUGCCUCAUGUGCCUCUAAGUUACAUACGAUAUUUAAAAAAAGAAAAAUUCAAGCAAAACUGUAUUUCGCCAAUAACGUUGAUGUUAAAUCUAUUCAGGUUGGACAUUUACAUUUAGAAAAUGCUUUCCCCAGGGGAACUUGCAAUGCAGGGCAGAUACACAUUUUCACCAGUGUGUGCUCCCUGGGCUGUCGAACCCACGGGCUUGGUGUUCGUAUGUCCUUGCUCUACGUCUACCCAUUGAACUACAGCUUGUAGACUAUUUAACUAUCUUGCGUACGUGCAUUUCAAUAAUGCAUUUUACGAUGCCUUGAUGUUUGCAGAGCACAGGCCUACUACAAGAAGAUGAUGCACCGCAAAACAAAUACUCCACGUGGUGUCACUGUAGACCGCGAUUGUGAAGCACUCUGAGGUUUUACAGACUCCACCUCUAAUGCAUCUUUGCAGGGAAGGUGCAGAAAGGCGAGACUUCCAACUAGGAAAAUGGUUUUCUUCAUUUGUGGAGUGUAAAACUUAAGGUCUGGCUAACCUCAUCGUUGUUAUCGAGCACAGGGGAUAAGCAAGAGCACGGGUCAGCAAUGGGUAUUUCAAUCGGAGGUUACGUAUGGACCCGGAUUUUACUGCUUGCUUGGCUAUGGGACUUAUCUUAUGGUCAGGUUGUAUAUUCGGUUUCGGAGGAGGUGAGCAAGGGAACAGUAGUUGGGAACAUAGCAAAGGACUUGAACAUUAAUGUACAGGAACUGGAGUCACGUAUUUUUCAAAUUGUAUCGGGGUCUAACAAGAAGUACUUUGAUGUAAACGUAAAGUCCGGAGACUUAUUUGUCAACGACAGAAUUGACAGAGAGCAGAUUUGUGGGACUAAUAUCAAGUGUGGCUUAAAAAUAGAAGCCCUGACUAAAAACCCACAUAGUCUUUACAGAUUUCAGAUAAAUAUUUUGGAUGUAAAUGAUAACGCACCCACAUUUCCUAUCAGUUCACAAACGUUAAACAUAACGGAAAAUGCGAGUCCUGGAGAGCGACUAUAUCUGCCUGUAGCAGAGGAUCCCGAUACAGGAAGUAAUUCUCUUAAAAGCUACACUCUCAGUCCUAAUGAAUAUUUCUCUUUAGAGGUACAGAGUGAGGGAGGACGGGGUCUAUCGGUACAGUUAGUGCUUCAGAAAGCAUUAGAUCGAGAGAAACAAUCAGUCAUAUCGCUUGUGCUGACUGCAAUCGAUGGGGGUAAACCUCCAAAGUCUGGGAGUUUAGACGUUAUAAUAAAUGUUUUGGAUGUAAAUGAUAAUAACCCUGUUUUUGGUAAAUCGCUUUAUAAAGUCCAGGUAGCGGAGAAUGUUUCUUUUGGAACCGUGUUAACCUCUGUCACUGCUACUGAUGCAGAUGAGGGUGUGAAUAGUGUGAUCCUGUAUUCUCUAAUUGGUCAUAGAAAUUCACAAGCUUCUCAAAUGUUCAGUAUAACGCCAGAUACGGGAGAGAUAAUGGUACAAGGACAACUUGAUUAUGAGGAAAAUCCUGCAAUUGAAUUGAGAGUUCAAGCAACAGAUACAGGUUAUCCACCAAGGAGUUCACAAUGCAAAGUUUUAGUGGAGGUAAUAGAUGUGAAUGACAAUGCACCAGAAAUAACAGUGACACCGCUACUAGAGACGAUUAGAGAGGAUACCAAGCCUGGCACCGCUGUUGCUUUAGUUACAGUAUCAGAUAAGGAUGGAGGUAAAAAUGGAGAAAUUCAGUGCGUUGUCAAAGGCACUGUCCCGUUCAAACUUGAGUCUAAUUAUGAAAAUUACUAUUCCUUGGUGGUACAUGGGCAAUUAGAUAGAGAGAAAGACUCUGAUUACAACGUUACUAUCAUAGCCACCGAUAAUGGAUCCCCCUCUCUCUCCACUCUUAGUGAUUUUGCCAUUCACAUUUCUGAUGUUAACGAUAAUGCCCCUGUCUUCCUAGAGUCUCGGAUGAACGUAUAUGUGAAGGAAAACAGUCCUGUUGGAAGUAUUAUCGCGACGAUUAGUGCUUACGACCCAGACCUCGAAGAAAAUGCCAAGCUGUCUUACGCGUUAGUUGACGAUAAAAUUUGCAAUAUUGCUAUAUCGACGUUGUUGAACGUUAACCCUAUCACUGGUGAAAUAUACAGCCUGCAGUCAUUUAACUACGAGGAAUUAAAAAAGUUUAAUUUUCAAGCCCAAGCUACAGACUCUGGUGUUCCCGCUUUAAGCAGUAACGUGACUGUACAUGUUCUCAUCCUCGAUGACAAUGACAACAGCCCUGUUAUUCUCCCGCCUUAUUCUGACCAAGGCUCUGUUAACUCUGAGAACAUUCCCUACUCUGCUGAAGCGGGCUACUUUGUGGCCAAGAUCAGGGCUGUAGACGCAGACUCUGGCUACAAUGCGCUGCUCUCUUACCACAUAUCUGAACCCAAAGGCACGAACCUCUUCCGAAUCGGAACCAGUUCUGGAGAAAUAAGGACAAAGAGGCGAAUGAGUGACAAUGACCUUAAAACACACCCAUUGGUCAUAACGGUGUCUGACCACGGAGAACGCCCUCUUUCUGCGUCUGUCUCUAUCGAUGUUGUGGUUUUUGAAAGUACAGUUGAUGUACCAAAAAACUUCAGAAAAGUUCCACUUAAAUAUGAGGGAUUUUCGGAUCUAAAUCUGUACUUGUUCGUUGCCAUUGUCUCAGUAUCAGCGAUCUUUCUAGUGAGUCUCAUCACUUUAAUAGCAGUGAAAUGCCACAGGACUGACGGUCUUUUCAGCACCUGCAGCGCCCCUAUGAUCACCACUCACCCAGACGGGAGCUGGUCUUACUCUAAAACUACUCAGCAGUACGACGUGUGUUUUAGCUCAGACACACUGAAGAGUGACGUAGUAGUGUUCCCAUCACCGUUCCCGCCGGAUGCGGACCUAAUAAGUAUUGAUGGAGGAGACACGUUUAAACGGACACAGACUCUUCCCACCUCUCAGAAGUCUAAGGGACCAAACGCUGACUGGCGAUAUUCUGCGUCUUUGAGGGCUGGAAUGGCAAGCUCGGUCCAAAUGGAGGAGGCCUCUGUGAUCCAGGGGGCCCAGGGGAUGCUGGUGCAGAACUGGCCUACAGUAUCCAGUGCUGCAGAUGGGGAUGGAGGUGAUGUGUCUCCCCCUGUUGGCGCCGGGAUCGACAGUAACAGCUGGCACUUCCGCUAUGGCUCAGGACCUGGCUACAUGCCCCCACAGGCCCUGACACAGGCCCUGAGGCCAGGAGAGAUCCCCCCUGAAGCCUUCAUCAUCCCGGGAUCCCCAGCCAUUAUCUCCAUCCGCCAGGACCAAGGCACCGGCGACGACAAGGGGGACUUCAUCACAUUCGGCAAGAAGGAAGAGUCCAAGAAGAAGAAAAAGAAGAAGAAGGAAAAGAAGGACAAGAAAGACAAGGGGAAGGACGAUGGAGAAGAGUAGAGGCAGAAUGGGGCAAUGGCAAAAAAUAAAUAAAAAUACAAAAAACAACAUGACAUAUCAACGUGUCCUAAAAGAGACAGAGAAUCAACCAAAUAUGUAAUAAAACUUUUACAGAGAGGAGAGCUCGCCAUGGGGAAGGCCUCCCGAAGGGAUUACGAAUCACUCUUCAAUUCUGUUGAGAAAAGACACUCUCUCUGUACCCCUUCCUUUUCAAUGAACUAACUUGAACCAGUAAGCAGACAGCCUAAAUUUAGCCCCAUAAGAAGUUACUACUUGCCUCUCUGAAUACAGAGCUGAAUUUGCUUGCUGCAAUUCUGAUCAGAUUGUCGUGUGGAGAUAACUGAAUUUCAUAUACAAGCCAUUCUGAUUGUC